AUGAGUCUGUUGUUCGUCGGCGUUCUGUGCGCGGUUUGCUUUAAUGAUGCGCCCGUUGCUCAAAAUAUCGACUCCGUUUCCUCCUCCUCCUCCUCCGUGUUGGAACCGUCCUUGUCUUUUUCCAAAGGAGGGCGGGUUUUGCUCGGAGAAAAGGAGGAGGAAAACGAACGCGAUGAUGUGUUGGUGUUGCCGUCAAAAGAAGACGAAGAAGAAAAAGAAGCGAAUUUUUACUGCACUUCACUCGCCAUCGAGCGGAGCGCGGACAAGUGCACGCACGUGCAAAAAUACGAAUGCAACGCGGACACGGAGUCGAUGAUUGCGAAUUAUCUGUAUUUUCAUCACUGCACGAUGAAAGAGUACCAGAGUUUGUCCGUGUUUACGUUAAUCGGGGUCGUGAUCCUUUCCUUUUACGUUUUAGGAGACACGGCGGAGGAAUUUUUCUGCCCGGUGGUUCGCAGAGUCGCCAAGGUUUUACAGUUGUCGCCGAAUACCGCCGGGGUGACUUUACUGGCGUUAGGAAACGGAGCGCCGGAUGUGUUUGCGUCUUUGGCGGCGUUUUCGAGCGGAGAUGGAGGGAGUGGGGAGAUUGGUGCUGGGAUGAUUGGCGCAAUCGUUAGCGCGGGGAUGUUUGUGAGCGGCGGGGUGGUUGGCGCCGUGGCGGUGGUUGCCGCGCCGUUUGAAGUACCGCGAGGCGCGUUUUUAAGAGACGCGUGGUUUUAUUUCUUCGGCGCGGUUUUGGUGUGUUACGUAGUUACGAGUGGAGAGGUUUACCCGAGACACGCGAUUGGUUUUAUUUUGUAUUAUUUAGCGUUUGUGUGUUUGGUGAUUGUGUCGGACGUGAGAGAGAGAAGGAAAAGACUGACUCGAGACGGAGGAGGAGAGUCGAUGAGCGACGUGGUAGGGAGUAGUCAUAGCGGUUUGGAGGAGAAGGAACAAAAUUUAGUAGGGUUGGACGGGGAGAAGGGUGUCGUCGAUUGGAUGGAUGAACCGCCGGCGCACGAAGUGCUCGGAGAAAACAUCGUCAGAUGGUGUCAAGCGCACGGGAGAACAAAGUACGGUUUGUUUAAAGCGCUCGUGCACGCGCCGUUAGACGUAUGCAGACGAAUGACGAUUCCGUCCGCGGAACCAGACCGUUGGAAUAGAUUUUACGCGUUGUCUUCUGUCGCGCUCGGGCCUUUGUUGUUGCUGCAUCAGGUCAAAGACGUCGUGGGCGCGCAGACGUUGAUUGGGAACGAUUUCGUUGGUUUUUUACCGCUUUGGAUGUGCGUUUUGAUACCGUCGACGUUGGUCGGAUGCGCGGUUUUUGUCGCAUCCAAUCACUCGCACCAACCUGAAUAUUGGCCGUUAGCACUCGCGUUGGCUUUUGGGACGUCCAUCGUUUGGAUUUCCUUAGCGGCGACGGAGUUGCUGGAGUGUUUGACCGUACUCGGACACAUUUCUGGGAUAUCGCCGGCUGUUUUAGGGGUGACUGUUUUAGCGUGGGGGAACUCCGUCGGUGAUUUAGUCGCCGACGUUGUCAUAGCAAAAAGUGGCCAACCAACUAUGGCGGUUGCGGCGUGUUAUUCGGGUCCAAUGUUCAACAUGUGCGUCGGUUUGGGUUUGGCGUUUGCGUUGCAAGCCAUCGAACUUUCCCCUGCACCGUUGACGCUACUGACGCACGCAAACAUACCGAUUAGUUUCAUGUUUUUAUUCGCAAGUUUGCUUUUAAGCUUGACGUAUGUUCCAGCGAAACGGUUCCGGGUGACUAAACCUUUCGGCGUGACGUUGAUUUUGUUAUACGCGUUAUCGAAUAUGAUUAUGAUUGGCAUCGAAGUUGGCAACAAUUUAUAG